AGUUUUUCACAAAAAUGUCUCUUUCUAUGUUGGAAGAAUAUUCAAUUGGAGAGUCUGAGUCUAACUCUCCUCUUUUUUUUAUUCGGUAAGUCCGUCCAAGCCUCUCGUUCAUCGGUUGGAGUGAAUAAUCAUAGGCCACCAUUAGUUGCCCCUCACGAGUAAUCACAUCUUAUCUAACAAUGGCGGAAGCAAUCACCAGUAUUGUAGGAAAGAGGAUUGCAGUUGUUACUGGGGCAAACAAAGGGAUAGGAUUUGAAAUUUGUAGGCAGUUAGCUUCUCAUGGAGUCUUGGUGAUAUUGACCGCUAGAGAUGAGAAGAGAGGAAGUGAAGCUUGUGAAAAAAUCAAAGACUGUGGUCUCUCUGAUAAUGUGGUUUUUCAUCAACUUGAUGUGACGGAUCCAAAAAGUAUAGUUGCCCUUGCUGAUUUCGUCAAGAAUCAAUAUGGAAGGCUUGAUAUCCUGGUGAAUAAUGCUGGGAUUCUUGGAGCUAAAGUAGAUGGUGAUGGUAUAAAAGCUGCAGUGACCGGUGUUAGUGGGACAGAAGGAGCACAAAUAAAUUGGAAUGAAAUAAUGACUCAGCCUUAUGAAUUUGCAGUAGAAGGCCUGCAAAUAAACUAUUAUGGUGCAAAAAGAAUGACUGAAACAUUUAUUCCCCUCCUACAGUUAUCUGACUCGCCAAGGAUUGUAAAUGUUUCCUCCAGCAGGGGACAGUUGACGAAUAUGCCGAAUAGAUGGGCUAAAGGAAUAUUAAGUGAUGCUGAAAGCCUUACAGAAGAGAAAGUGGAUGAGGUACUGAAUGAGUUUCUAAAAGACUUUAAAGAGGGUUCCUUACAAGCCAAAAGUUGGCCUUCUUUUGCAUCAGCAUAUACAGUCUCAAAAGCAGUCAUGAACGCUUACACGAGGAUUCUAGCGAAGAAGUACCCUACUUUCUGCAUCAAUUGUGUCUGUCCUGGCUACGUCAAAACAGAUAUAAACUUCAAUACUGGUAGAUUUUCUGUAGAAGAGGGCGCUGAAAGUCCAGUGAGGCUGGCUCUGCUGCCUGAUGGAGGGCCUUCUGGCAUGUUCUUUUUUCGGAACGAAGUAUCUACCUUUGAAGGAAAUUGAGCCAUUAUAAUUCUGCAAGAGGAAGAUAAAGCUAUGUGUCUUAGACUACCACUGCAUAUAAUGUAAUGUACUUCACAUAUGUUUAUAAUUCGAACAGCUAAACAGUGAUGUAUGUGUAUAACUACAUUGCUCAUGACUUUGAAUAUCAUGUUUGAGGUUUGUGCUCUCAAAUCUUAAUAAAAACUCACACUUGCAGGCAGGAACACAUCGAAAUCUUUUGAUAGACCACAAUACUGGAUUUGGGUCUAGGCUUGUGCCAACUAUUUUUUCGGUUCAACGGCCGAUUAUCGUGUUUUGAGUUGGAUUAGAACAUUGUGGUCUUAGG